UACAGUAACAGUGACUGACUGUAACUGUAAGUGUAACUGUAAUUAUAACUGCUCAAAGGUAAAAUGUUACAAGUUAAAUUACUGCGAUCCUUAAUAUUCGUUAUAAUUAUAUUCCAUGCCAGGCAGAGCUGGCAAGAACAAGGAUCAAUCAAUCUUCCAGGAGAUAUAAUACUGGGUGGUCUGUUUCCGGUACAUGAAAAAGGUGAUAAAUCGCCAUGCGGUCGAAAAAUCUAUAACCGUGGUGUACAACGAUUAGAAGCGAUGAUGUUUGCAGUUGAUAAAAUCAAUAAAGACAAAAACAUUUUACCGAACAUCACACUUGGCGUAAACAUUUUGGACACCUGUUCACGAGAUACUUACGCACUCAAUCAGAGUUUAGAAUUCGUACGUGCCAGUUUAAAUAACUUAGAUACAACUGCAUACGAAUGUUUGGACAAUUCGUUACCGAAACCAAAAAAAAAUAACACUGGACCUGUUGUUGGUGUUAUUGGUGGCUCCUACAGUUCGGUAUCUUUACAAGUCGCUAACUUAUUGCGAUUGUUUCACAUUCCGCAAAUUUCACCAGCAUCGACCGCUAAAGCACUUAGUGAUAAAACAAGGUUCGAUUACUUUGCACGAACUGUUCCGCCUGACACUUAUCAAUCCAUUGCUCUAGUUGACAUCGUAAAAAGUGUUAAUUGGUCCUACAUUUCGACGAUAUAUUCGGAAGGUUCUUACGGUGAAAACGGAAUUGAAGUUUUCCAUAAAGAAGCGCAAGAACGUAACGUGUGCAUUGCUACCGCAGAGAAGGUGCCAAGCACGGCUGACGAUCACGACUUUGAUUUAAUCAUUGCUAAGCUGAAAAAGAAAGGUAACGCUAAAGGUGUUGUACUGUUUACACGCGCAGAAGAUGCACGCCGCCUGUUACAGGCGGCAAAACGAUCAAACAUGACAAAUCAUACACUGUACUGGAUUGCAAGCGAUGGAUGGGGCAAACAACAAAAACUAGUCGAAGGUGUCGAAUCAGUGGCUGAAGGGGCCAUCACCGUGGAAUUACAAUCUACUCAUGUGCCAGGCUUUGAUGAGUACAUGAAGUCUUUAACACCAGAAAAUAAUGCACGCAAUCCAUGGUUCGAAGAAUACUGGGAGGAGAUAUUUGAAUGCACUUUGGAAAAAAAUGUACCAUUAACUACGAAUCAGAGUCUCAAGAUGUGUGGUCCACAUUUAAGAUUAAAUGAGCGUGUUGGAUACGAACAAGAAAGUAAAAUUCAAUUCGUUGUAGACGCUGUAUAUGCGUUCGCUUUGGCUCUGCACAAUUUACAACAAGAUUUGUGUCAAGAUCAAGUUGGUCUAUGUCCUGAAAUGGCUGCGUAUGAUGGUGGUGACUUUUAUCGUAAUUAUCUACUGAACGUUUCAUUUAUAGAUUUGGCUGGAAGUGAGGUUAAAUUUGAUCGGCAAGGAGAUGGAUUGGCGCGAUAUGAUAUUUUAAAUUACCAAAAAUUAGCUAAUAAUGCAUCUGGAUAUCAUUAUCGGAUGGUUGGUAAAUGGUUAAUAAAUUCAUUAAAAUUAAAUCUGAAUGAAUUAAUUUGGAACAAUGCUACCAACACGCCACCACCUUCAGAUUGUUCGUUACCUUGUGAAAAGGGGAUGAUUAAACGUCAACAGGGUGAUACAUGUUGUUGGAUAUGUGAUAAAUGUGAAGAUUAUGAAUACGUAUACGACGAAUUUACAUGUCGAGACUGUGGACCCGGCUACUGGCCUUACCCUGACAAACUCAGUUGUUAUGCUUUAGACUACCGUUGCAUGCGUUGGGACAGUCCAUUAGCAAUUGUCCCAAUGGUGAUAUCAUGCUUGGGCAUUCUAUUAACAUUAGUGGUCGUGGGUUUGUUUAUCAAAAACAACGACACCCCAUUAGUUCGCGCCUCCGGUCGUGAGUUAAGUUACAUGUUGUUGCUCGGCAUCAUGCUUUGCUACUUAAACACGUUCGCUUUAAUUGCACGUCCGUCGAUAUACACGUGCAUUACUCAACGGUUCGGAGUCGGUGUUGGCUUCUCAAUCAUUUACGGUGCUUUAUUAACCAAAACUAAUCGUAUCUCGCGAAUAUUUGACUCAGCAUCGAAAUCGGCUGCUCGUCCCAGUUAUAUCAGUCCUAAAUCACAAAUGGUGAUUGCUACCAGUUUGAUAUUGGUACAGAUUGUGAUCACCCUAGUCUGGAUGAUUGUUGAACCACCAGGUACCAGGUUCUACUAUCCAGAUCGUCGCCAGGUCAUAUUGAAGUGCAAGAUACAGGAUAUGUCAUUUUUAUGUUCGCAACUGUACAACAUGCUCUUGAUCACAAUAUGUACGAUUUAUGCAGUCAAAACACGCAAAAUACCUGAGAACUUUAAUGAGUCUAAAUUCAUCGGAUUCACCAUGUAUACCACUUGCAUCAUAUGGUUGGCCUUCAUUCCAAUUUAUUUUGGUACUGGUAAUUCAUUUGAGACUCAAAUCACAACAUUAUGUGUGUCAAUCAGUUUGAGUGCAACGGUAGCGUUGGUGUGUUUGUACUCACCCAAAGUAUACAUAAUCGUCUUUCAUCCUGACAAGAAUGUUCGAAAGUUAACAAUGAACUCAGCUGCAUAUCGUAAAUCAUGUGCUGGACCAAGUUCAACUGCUGGUACUACUGGUACAUCAUCAGCUAGAGGUGGUGACGGGGCAAGUGAAGUAUUGGUGAUGCAAAAUAUGACUGGAUGUGGUACUGCUACUGCUACAAAUAUUAAUAUAAAUACUAACACUAAUGGUGGUAAUGUAACAAAUACAACUAGUAACAUACAAACAAUACGUACAACCACAACUGGUACAACUGGUACGACUGCAACUGUAAUAUGUGCUACGUGUUCAGCAGCGCAACUACAACUACAACUUCAACUACAAUUACAAAGUGCAUCUUCAUCAAUUACAACAAAUACUAACACUAUUUCUAUGGUUGCUGCUGUUAGUCCUAAUUCCAAUACCAAUAGUAACAGUAACAGUAACAGCAACAAUCAAAAUAAUAAAAGCUCAAACAAUAGUAAUAGUAAUUGCACAUCAACAAUUGACAAUAAUUCAAGAAUUGAUAAUACAAAUCAUUCAGUUGAGUCUGAUCCUGACAUUGUUGCAUUACUUUAA